UACAUUCAUUGGAAGUGGGAAAGAAUCGGAAUCGUAUCUAGAGGAAGGUGUUGGUUUUUUCAGAUCAAAUGGGAUCAGCCGAGGUCUUCAAAGGAAAACAGUAGCUUUUUUCUCUUUAUGGGAGAACUUUUCCCUCCCCUUUAAGACAAGGGACUCUUCGUUAGACCAAGUAAGGUGGCAAGAUAACGUAAAUGGAAAUAGUCGGCUAGCUAACAGUUAGCCAAACAAGCUAACUGCUGUUCGGGAGAUCAGAUAUGGCUAGACGCUAGAGCGAUAUAUUGGGUUCGCCUAGUUAGAUAGAUAAUUAGCUAGUUAGCACACCCUCCAUAUUCAGUCACCUUUUCUUGUUUAUGUCAAUGUUCAAUUCAGUCACCAUCAGGCAUUAUUAUUAUUUAUAAUGUAGUUAAGAACCUACAAGUUAACGGUACACGCUAACAGUCGCUAGCUAUCGAUAGCUAACUUACCUGCCGUCACAACUGCACGUUAACGUUACCGUUAUUUACUGUCAGCAUCAUCAGCCGCCUUUGGCCCAAAACAUAGCGCAGGCCUGCGAAGCAUCUCUUCUAAAAUGCUUUCCAGCAAGUUUGCAGAAUAGACUGGCUUAAUGCAAUCGUAUCCACGAGAGGAAAUCUCAGGUUAAUUUUGACGGGGUUCAGACGGAUACAACGUGAGGAAACAAGCCCACUGCCGCAGAAAAGAUGCAACAGCUGUGGAGGCGCGAUGUGCCUCUGGAGAGGGUGGGAAAUGACUCGCCGGUUGGCAUUGCACCGAUACCCCCGGCGUCUGCCGCAGCCCCUGGGGGCCCCAACAUGUCCUGGGUGCCCGAGGCACCCCAGAUCGUCACCCCAGACAACCCCAUGUUCCUCAUGACCUCAGCGGCCCAGACCAUAUCAGGCUUUUUUGUGUGGACUGCCCUCCUGUUGACCUGCCACCAGAUCUACAUGCACCUGCGCUACUACAGCUCGCCCAAUGAGCAGCGGCACAUCGUGCGCAUCCUCUUCAUCGUGCCCAUCUAUGCCUUUGACUCGUGGCUCAGCCUGCUCUUCUUCACCAACGAGGAGUACUAUGUCUACUUCGACACGGUCCGCGACUGCUAUGAGGCAUUUGUCAUCUACAACUUCCUCAGCCUGUGCUAUGAGUACCUUGGAGGGGAGAGUGCCAUCAUGGCGGAAAUCAGAGGGAAGCCUAUUGAGUCGAGCUGUGUUUAUGGAACAUGCUGCCUCUGGGGAAGAACCUACUCGAUCGGCUUCCUCCGAUUCUGUAAACAGGCGACGCUGCAGUUCUGCGUUGUGAAACCUCUGAUGGCCAUGAUUACAGUCAUCCUGCAGGCCUUCGGGAAGUACAGAGACGGCGACUUCAAUGUGGCCAGUGGCUAUCUCUACGUGACCAUCAUCUACAAUAUCUCCGUCAGCCUGUCCCUCUAUGCCCUCUUCCUCUUCUACUUUGCCACCCGGGAGCUGCUCGUCCCCUACAGCCCUGUGCUCAAGUUCUUCAUGGUCAAGUCCGUCAUCUUCCUCUCCUUCUGGCAAGGCAUGCUGCUGGCCAUCCUGGAGAAGUGCGGUGCCAUCCCGCAGAUCCACGCCCCGAACGUGUCGGUGGGCGAGGGCACGGUUGCCGCUGGCUACCAGAACUUUAUCAUCUGCAUCGAGAUGUUCUUUGCCGCCGUUGCGCUGCGCCACGCCUUCACCUACAAGGUCUACAUGGACAAGCGGCUGGACUCCCAUGGCCGCUGUGCCCCCAUGAAGAGCAUCUCCAGCAGCCUGAAGGAGACCAUGAACCCCGGGGACAUGGUGCAGGACGCCAUCCACAACUUCUCGCCGGCCUACCAGCAGUACACGCAGCAGUCCACGCUGGAGCAGAGCAGCGGCCCGCCCGUCUCCCGCUCCCACAGCAUGUGCAGCGCGCGCGGCGACAACGAGAAGACCCUGCUGCUGAGCUCCGACGACGAGUUCUGAGAAUGGAGAGAGGGACUGGAGGGAGGAUAGAGGGAAGCUAGGAGAGGAAAAAUGGGAAAAGCAGGAAAGAUGGGGUCACUCUUAGGGGACAAUGUGCUGGAGAAGGAGAGAAAGAGAGACUUACAGAGAGGUAAUUGUGCCGUAGUUGUGGGGGAGGCGACUUGGCAAAUACACAUGUACACACCCACACACACAGACAGCCAGACACUUGCAUACACUUAAAAGGGUCGAAACUAAUACAGAACUAUGAUCGGGAUGUAAGCCAUGUUUAAUCCCUCAAAUAGUGACACUACUGCUGGAGGGUGGUCACCAAUGACACACGAUGUGUUGUUGGCAAUCGUUUUGCUGCUGUAAUGCCUUAUAACACAAUCAAUACACACACACGCACACACACUCGCAUACACAUGAACACUGCUGAAUAUACACAGACUUUGUUGCUCAUUGCAAAUUAUUAUUAGUACACACAAAUCUACCGUUCACUCCUGCUGGUUGUGCAUACAGGCAUUCCCUAGCACUUAAUUUAUCUUAAUCCAGCUAAUAGUUACUCUGUACAUACUAGGCUAUUGCAAAUGGCAUUGCUGAGCUGCAACAUGGUAUAACAUGGCUUUGAAUCUCAUAGACCCCCAGUUCAAAUACUCAUUGACCUUGUGUAUCGUACUGCAUCAUUGAACCAUACUUAUAUUAAGUAAUCAAAAGACUACUGACUGGAGAGGCACUAACCCAGUAGUCUGCAUAGUCAGCUUCACACAGUUGUAUACGUUGCCAGACAUAACCACACCUGGAUGCCCAUAACCACACAUGGAUGCCCAUACCCAGGCACUUUCACUCUCUCAGCUACUCAUUCAAGUGUGGACUGUGCUUUUAAAAAUUCUACCAAGAAAAUAGUGGCCAAAUUGUGUGCACCUUGCCACCCUACAUGCUCAUCAAAUGUAGUCAGAAGUGAACUCUAUAUAUGAGGUCAUUAAGUUUGUUAUUUUUGUUUUAUAUUUGUUUUGUUGUUGUUGUUGUUUUUAUUUUCUAUCAUCAGAAGUGACCUCCCACCUGCGGGGCCUCACAUGAGACAUGUUGCCAAAUGCAGAGACCCUGUGUUCCCGACAGGGCGCUUCUGGUUUGAUACUUUUGUCAGGGGGACAGGUACAGGUUCCCUGGGGGACCCAUGAUCUCCGCUAUGGACGUUUGUAUUUCCAGUUAAUUUAUGAAGUGACAUUUUUAAAGAUCUUUUGAUUGUUGCAAAUGUUUUGACUUGUGGUGCACCCUUCAACAGUUGUGUUUUGAAAGUGAGGGAUGUAAUUAUUUUAUUGUCUGUCCAGUUUGGGUUCUCUUACAAAAAAAAAACAAAAGACAGAGACUAUACUCUCAAUUGAGGGGUUAGGGAGGAAGGGAAGUGUGGGGAUGGGGGGGGGUGUUGUUGUUAUUAUUAUCCUGCAAUGUUAUUAAUAAUGUUGUUGUUCUUGUCUCUGGAGAACAGCUGGGCACGAGCGCUUUGGUGUGGGCGCUUGACAGCGUCCUGCAGGGAGAUUACAGAUUAAGAGAAGCGGAGCUCUUGGCGAAGCAGACGGGAUUAUAAAUCCCGUAAUUGGGGCAUUAUGCACGAGCAUGCUAUCAAGGCGAGCAUUUGUGGCCAGUAUCAGUGCGUGGGGGGCUAUGUAGGUUAGGCUGUGCUGGUGUGGCCCCUCAAGUAGGUUAUGUACAAGCAAAAACUCCAUAGAUAAGGCUUUACAAACACUAGAUGCAUUAAACCAGAGGUUGUUGUUCACUGAAAUGCAUUGCGGUUUGCAGGCUUUUCAUAAAAAAAAUAGGGCAUAGUUGGAACAGUGGUGGAAGUGGACCAUAGCAUUUCCCUUGGUGUGUUUACAGCUGGGAACAUGUAAAUCUGUUGAUUUUCAGGUUUACAUCCUGAAAGUGAGAGGAAUUACAGGAAUGUAUGUAGGAGAGAAUCUCGGUCAUUGUCAGCAUGUCUCAAACACCAACAGGUCUGCUGUUUGAAAGAGGCAGGCUUAUGAAUUGUAACAUGGUGACCACGUUGAGAUGAUCAGAUGUGAGGUAUAACUACCCCAUUUUUUUUUUUUUUUUUUUGAAGUUCAACAGUUCUAUCUAUUAACGCUCUCACAUUUUCAGUUCAUCAACGGCGAGGAGUUGAUUCCCAGUCAGGAUGUUAGCUUUGAAUGGUGACUUCUAGUGAUCUGUUAUGGAUUUGGUUGACCUUGUUUGGCUUGAAGAGUUAUUGAUGUAUACUUUUGUAUAUCAGAAAACCUGUUUACCAGCUUAACUCAGUGGAUGGAUACAUUUUAGUCUAUUCAUGAUGAAGUUGAGACUCAAACGUCUGUCCUGCCUGUAGGCUAAUGGAGAACUCUAAUACAUUCGCAUUGCAGCUCUUUUGUUACUGCCGUACCUGUCCCUGAUAGUAUCUAGAUGAAACAGUCAGGUGUAUUUUAUUAAAAGAAAGGAAUAUAUUAUUGAACUGGUUAGGAUAUUGUACAUAAUACUACAAAACAGUUGUGGUGAUUAUAAUUAAAAGCUCAGAGAACUCUGAUCGUUUGGUACCGUCAUUGAUCCUAUUUUGCCUUUUUCUCCUUUUUAAUAUUGUUGUAUUAAUGCUUUAAACAUUCUGCAUCUAUUUUUGUCAUUGUGUGGUACCAACAUUCAGAGAAAUAUAGAAAAAAUGAAACCA